AGGCACGUGACUCACGGUCACGUGACUCUCCAUAUUAAGGAGCUGACCGCCCGUUGGGUUUCACUCCCGGAGGAAAGGAGCUGAAGCCCGCUUCUCUCCUCAGGAAGGACCGGCAGAACCAGAACCAGACCCGGGAACUUCAGUGAAGACCACAGGAUCCUCAUCUGAACCCCCACCCUAAACCCUUCCACCACCGGGAACACUGGGCUGGCUGGAGGUCAAAGGUCAGCCUUCGGCUCCUGAGGGGAUGUCUCAGAGUGUGGACGCAGAGGAAGGGCCCCGGUUGGGGGAGGGGCCCCGAGACGGCUCAGGGGAGCGGGCGUGGCUGCUGCAGAGCCCAUGCGUGGAGUCGGGACGCACGCCAGAGGCGGAGCGCGCCAAGGCCGCGGGGGGGGUGUCGUCCACGGCCGCCGUCUUCAUCGUGGUCAACGCGGCGCUGGGGGCGGGGCUUCUCAACUUCCCCGCCGCCUUCAACAUGGCGGGCGGAGUGGUGGCCGGACUGAUGCUACAAAUGUGUAUGCUGAUCUUCAUCAUCAGCGGACUGGUGGUGCUGGGGUACUGCUCACAGGUCAGCAACGAGGCCACCUACCAGGAGGUGGUCCGGGUGUCCUGCGGGAAGGUCUCGGGCGUGGUCUGCGAGCUGUCCAUCGCAGUCUACACCUUCGGCACCUGCAUCGCCUUCUUCAUCGUCAUCGGAGACCAGCUGGAAUGCUUGAUGGCGGCAGUGGCUCACGAGGCCGCCCCCUCCCACUGGUACCUGCAGCGCCGCUUCACCAUCUGUGUGACGGCCAUCCUGGUCAUCCUCCCGCUCUCCAUCCCUAAGGAGAUCGGCUUCCAGAAAUACGCCAGUGCGUUCAGCGUGGUCGGCACCUGGUACGUCACCAUCGUGGUCAUCGUGAAGUACUUCCUGCUGACCGAGGAGACCGUGCCCACCAACGUCCCUACCAGCGCCGCCUCGUGGACCGCCGUAUUCAACGCCAUGCCCACCAUCUGCUUUGGCUUCCAGUGCCAUGUGAGCAGUGUCCCGGUGUUCAACAGCAUGAGCAGGAAGCAGAUGAGGCCGUGGGGCUUGGUGGUGACGGUUGGCAUGAUCAUCUGCCUCUUUGUGUACACGGGAACCGGUGUUUGUGGAUUCCUCUCGUUUGGCUCUGAGGUCAAGCAGGAUGUGUUGAUGUCCUACCCCUCUGAUGACAUCGCUAUAGCAAUUGCACGAGCCUUCAUCGUUGUCUGUGUCGUCACCUCGUAUCCCAUCCUGCACUUCUGUGGCAGGGCGGUGGUGGAGGGGCUGUGGCUGCGCUGCCGGGGGGAGCAGGUGGAGCUGUGUGUGGUUCGGGAGCGGAGGCGUCGGAUCCUCCAGACUGUGGUGUGGUUCUCCUCCACGCUCGCCCUUGCCCUCUUCAUCCCCGACAUCGGCAAGGUCAUCUCGCUGAUCGGAGGGCUGGCCGCCUGCUUCAUCUUCGUCUUCCCAGGUCUGUGUCUAAUCCAAGCCAAGCUUUCUGAGAGUGACGACCGGUCUGCCAGCUGGUACGUGCUGGUGGUCUACGGGGUGGUGAUGGUCACCAUCGGGGCGUUUGUCUUCGGACUGACGACGUCCAACUCUGUUUACCAAGACAUCGUCAGCUAAAACAGCACCUGUCGCCCCUCCGGUCUGAAGGUGCGACAGCGGCAGUGUUCAUGGACUAGUCAACGAGGAGACGAUUCCUAGGGGCCGAGCAUCAAUACUUGGAACACGGAUUGAUUUUAAGGAUGGAAAGGCAUAAUUACAAGUGACAAACAUUAUUUUAUGUAUUUUUCAGGGUUUUAGUAUUUAUUUAGUAAUCUGUGCAAUUUACAGGGAAAUGGUGCCUACACUUGUAUGAGGGCAGAGAAGCCACUGCCUCCAUGAACUAAAAUACUAUGUGGUCUUCAUGUUAUAAAGGGAUCAGUGGUCAGUAUGUUCAAAGGUGCAAAAUAGCUUGAAAUCUAGUAAUUUGUUAGUGUUGCAGAUGUACCAAAAUAUGACAGUGCAUGUACAUUCCUACAUUGUAAAAGACUCACUACAAUGUUAAGUAUAUCAUGUUACAUUCAGACCUAAUGGCUUUUAAAUGUAGUCCCUGUGUGAAGGAGCUGCACAAUGACAGAAAAUGUUCACUUUCUUAGACCAACAUUGGGAUCCCAGUCUUGGGCAGUACACUAGUGGAGAUUCCCUUUGGUGGGUCAUUGACUUAUGUAAAUAAUGAUUUAAUAGUUUGUUGCAAACUUGUAUGUUCUGUGAAAAUGUAAAAUGAUUUAAAUGUAAAUAGUUAAGAUGGAGAAUAAAAGCCAAGUAUUGUACAGAGCUCAUCUCCCAAAACAUUUUUAUAUCUAAAAGCUUUUGAUUCAGUCAGCUCCAUGUAUGCCUAGUAGUCAUUGCCAUUAAACGGCCAAGGAAUGAUUUCAAACUGUUGGUGUCCUUGUUGAGCAUUAGACAUUUUUUUGACAUCUUUAAAUUGCCAAAAAGCUUGUGCCUGAUUGGCAGGUUUGGACCAAAGCAUCACAAUAAAGGCGCUGAAAUUGAA